AUGGAUCCGACUUUCAGGGAUAUUUUAAACAGUUCGAAAGGAAACUCUCUGUCGCGCGGACAUGAACGAUCGCCGUUGACUCCGCGAGACAUGUUCAACUUUUUUAAGAAGAAAACUAAGGCCGAGGCCGCGUCGGAGACGCCCGAAAAAAGCCGAAAUCUACCGACAGAGGAUGCGGCUAGACGCAGCUCAGUCGACACGCGCGCUCCCCGAAACGACAAUGAUGUAACGAACGAUAAUUCGGGCACACUACGAAAAGAUGUAGUGAACUUGCUCAUACCGGAGAUUGACUAUAAUCAGAAGACGGGUGUAGGCGCAUUACUGCAAAUAAUGGCGGGCAAACGUAAGAGGUGCAGGAAGAAAGCGCGAGCGGACUCAUGCCGCGUCAGUCCCCAGAAAGAGACGUCCAAUUUGCAACGUAGCAAUUCCGACUUGAAGCGUUCACAAGAUGUGCCGCCCACGCCGGCCGAAAAUAUACGAGUCGGAGCGCGCUCCCCGUCCGAUCCAGCCGAUUUCGUCAAAGCUCUGGUCCUGCAGAAAUACGCGAGCAAGCCCGAAACAAAACAACAACACGUGUCGCUUGUGUACGUCUCGGAUGAGCCAGAUUUGGACGAAAAACGACAUGCUGAGGCAUUGUUGCGCGAGAUAGCGCGAAGCAUAGACUGCACUAUAGACGAAAUCAAUGAGAAUAAACAACCAAUGGGCAACGGUGACAGCAAACCCGACGAUCCUGUGUAUGAAACAGUCAAUGACAAAGCAAUUAACUCAUACAAAAAUGGCCUCAAGGGCGAACUGGAUAAGUUACUUCAAAAAGAGAAUGAAACGAACAAUAUUAAUGAAGAAAAGGAAGAUAAAACGGAGACGGACAGUUUAGAUUCGCCUUCUAAUAAAAAGAAAUCGAACCUGAAACUUCCCAAAUCAGACACGGAGGGGUGUUCCGACGAUGAUAGAUCAGAUAACGGUAAAAAACGAGUGACGUUCAGAAAACACGUCGUUUUCGAUGAUGGAGAACAGCAGACUGACGUUGAGAUUAAUUCUUCCUUUGAAUCACUCACUUCUGAAGAAGAAGAGAGUGAAUAUCUAGAGGAUGCGAUUCCAGACAACGACGAACUGCUGGGAGGUGUUGUUGUUUCGAGAGAGGACGACAACAAAACAGUGAUAAGUGUGAGCGAUGACAAUGAUCCUAUAAAAAUAAGAGUGGAAUGUUUCGACGAUGGACUCAAAAGGAUUUCUAGUGACAACAGUGACAGUGGUUUUAUAGAGAUCAGUGAAAAGACCGACGAGUCUAAUGAGAAGAGUAUAGACGUUGAGGGAAGUGAGGUCAGUGAGAGUGAUAGCGAGGAAGAAAUUGCCGAAGUAAUAGACGACGAGGAAGCGGAAGAAAGCAUUGAGGAGAUUGUCGAGACUGAAGCCGCCACGAGCGAUGACAUGACGACUCUGGUGACACAAGAGAGCAAGUUCCAGUCGCAAGUUGCGGCGCUAACUGAGCUAGCAGACACGCGAUGCGACGAGGCAGAGCGAGCCAGGGAGCUCAUCACUGCCUUCAGGAAGGAGAUAGAAGCGAAAGACCAAGAGAUCGAACAAUUAAAAUGCGACCUAGCUGCAGCUUACAAGGAGUCGGAGUUGGUGCGGCAACGGAGUCGCUCUUUGGAGGAAGACUUGGCGGCAGCCAGGAGUUGCUCGGCCGACCUAGCCGAUCAACUGCAGAGGCGAAAUGAUGAAUCUGUAAGGCAACUCAGAUCGGAGCUGGAGGAGGCUUUGACGCGACGGGCCGAGCUAGAGUCUAAAAUAUUGGAACUGGAGAGGGACAAAGAGAGACUGGAACAAGAGAUACUAGUCCAAGCGCAGAAAGCACAAGAGGCUCUAGCGGCAGCGGAAGCGAACACGGCAAAAUGGCGGGCCGCUCACGAAGCAGCGCGCUCGCAAGCUGCCUCGCGAGCAGAACGAAUACUCGCAGAUUGCGAGUGGAAGAUGCGAGAGCUGGAGAAACGUGCGCGAGACGCGGAAAAAGAAAAGAAGGAGUUGUCGCAAACAGUGGAACAGCUGCAGAAGUCACCGCCCACUACAGCUGAAGUAGUGGAGCUGCAGCAGCUUCGUACUCUGACGGCUGAGCUGCAGCACUCCGUGCUCUCGCUCACGGCGCAGCUGCAGCAGCUAGAGGCCAGGGAAGAGGCGCUCCAGUUGGACCAGCGCAGGCUGCAAGACUUGCUGGACAAGGAGACGCAGAAAGGGAAGGAGAGGGAGGAGCAGCAUUUGCAGGCCAUCCGGCAACUGGAGCAGCAGCACGGCGCACGUGUGGAAUGCUUGCGCGCGGAGCACAGCAGCGCCACCGCAGCUGCCCGCGCGCACGCGGAGCGCGCGGCCGCCGAGCGUACGCGCGCCGCGCUCUCGCAGCUGCGCGCCGAACACGAGCUCAGCGCACGCGCCGCGGACAGGAGACUGCGGGAGGUCACCACGCGGUUCGAGAACCUAAAACAAGAGUUAGCAAAUAAGGAGGCGCAGUACGAACACGCUAUAGCGGAAGCCCACAGUAAAGCUGACUGGGAUAUCAUGCAGUUGCGCCAUCUGCUGGACAAGGCGGACAUCAACUACGCCAACAACGUAGAACGGAUGACCGAGAAGUUUGAAAAGGAGAAAGAAAGUCUUACAGAAGAAUGGGCGCAGAAACUUCGAGCAGUGGAGGAGCAAGCGUCAAUAGCCGCCGACGAAGCGAGGAGGCUGCUGGAGACCACGCGCAGCAAGAUGCUGGCCGAGAGGCACGAGCAGAUCAGCAAGCUGAAGGAGCAGCACCGGCUCGAAAUGGAAAACCAAUGGGAGCAGUUUAUGACCGAUAAGGAGAAUUGCCUAGCGCGUAUGAAGACUGAGUGUCGACAGGAGGGUGAGGAGGAGAGGAUCAAAAGGGAGAAAGAGUUGCUAAAAGAGAUUUCAGAUUUGAAAACUCAGAUUGAGUCGAAAACAGUUGACUUUGAUAAUCUAGAAGCUAAAGCGGUAGCUUGCGGACAAACGCUUGCCGUCACCGAACAAGAACUGAGAGAGGCUCUUGCGCGGGAGAAGAAGGCUAUGGAGAAGAGAGGAGAAGACGCCGCGAAGCUCAAACAAAUGGAGAAAACUUCAAGAGAACAGAUUGAACACCUAACAAGAAAAUGCGCAUGUUUGCGGAAGCUUUUUGAUGACAUGCGUGCUCGACUUGCGGCUCGAGAACGUUCCGCGGAACAAGAGGCGCGUGCGAGAGAGAAGGAACUACACUACCUCAGGGCUGAAGUGGCCCGACUCACCAAAAUACUCGUGGAACAAAGUUCACCGAAACUGGGGACGCGCACCCGAGCUGACGGCUGUGAGAACGUCGCCAAGAACGAGGAGUCUUUUUUCUCCAGGGCCGCGCCUCUAGCGUCUGAGACGCAACAGAAUGCACCGCGACGAAAGGGAGGAACUCUUCGCACGCCUGAACUCGUCCGAAAGCGGCCGACUUUGCCCGAGCUGCAGCCGCUCCCGCCAGAAGCGCGUCGCGCAACCAGAGAAAUAGAAAAUGGCCGCCGACGCGCCAAAAGUGUCGAUUUGCCAGCUGUCCAAGUGCCGAUUAGAAUUAAACAGUUAGAACAGAAAACUAAAGAAUAA